CUCGCUAGUCGUUCGCGGCCACACUAAAGAGCGGCGUCCUGAGCCUUGAGCGAGAUGAGUAACAUCUACAUUCAAGAGCCGCCCACGAAUGGGAAGGUUUUAUUGAAAACGACAGCUGGAGAUAUUGACAUAGAGCUGUGGUCAAAAGAAGCUCCAAAAGCAUGCAGAAAUUUUAUUCAGCUUUGUUUGGAGGCCUACUACGACAACACCAUUUUUCAUAGAGUUGUACCUGGUUUCAUAGUCCAAGGUGGAGAUCCCACAGGCACUGGGACCGGGGGAGAGUCUAUCUAUGGAGCCCCAUUCAAGGAUGAAUUUCACUCACGGUUGCGUUUUAAUAGGCGAGGACUGGUUGCCAUGGCAAACGCUGGUCCACAUGAUAAUGGCAGCCAGUUUUUCUUUACCCUGGGUCGAGCAGAUGAACUUAACAAUAAGCACACUAUCUUUGGAAAGGUUACAGGGGACACAGUGUACAACAUGCUGCGCCUGACAGAAGUCGAUAUUGAUAAUGAAGAAAGACCCCGCAAUCCACACAGAAUAAAAAGUUGUGAGGUUUUGUUUAAUCCUUUUGAUGACAUCAUUCCAAGGGAAAUUAAAAAGCCUAAGAAAGAGAAACCAGAGGAAGAAGUUAAGAAAUUGAAACCCAAAGGCACAAAAAAUUUUAGUUUACUUUCUUUUGGAGAAGAAGCUGAGGAGGAGGAGGAGGAAGUGAACCGAGUUAGUCAGAGCAUGAAGGGGAGAAGUAAAAGCAGCCAUGACCUGCUUAAGGACGACCCACAUCUAAGCUCUGUCCCAGCGGUGGAAAGUGAAAAAGAUGAUGCAGCAGGAGAUUUAGAAGAUGAUGGAGAGGAUGGAAGUGCAGAGCACGAUGAAUACAUGGAUGACGAUGAAAAGAACCUGAUGAGAGAAAGAAUUGCAAAGAGGCUAAAGAAAGACUCCAGUGCAAACGGGAAAUCAGCCGGAGAAGAAGUGGAGAAGAAGCCAGUCAGCCGAAGUGAAGAGCUCAGAAAAGAAGCAAGGCAAUUAAAGCGGGAACUCUUAGCAGCAAAACAGAAAAAAGAAACUGCUGCAAAAGCGGAGAAAGGAAAUGAAGAGGAGGAAGCUGCCCCAGACGGAGCUGUUGCUGAGUACAGACGAGAAAAGCAAAAGUAUGAAGCCUUGAGGAAGCAACAGCCAAAGAAGGGAACUUCCCGAGAAGAUCAGACCCUGGCGCUGCUGAGCCAGUUUAAGUCUAAGCUCACACAAGCCAUCACUGAGACGCCGGAGAGCAGUGUCCCUGAGGUGGAUGUGGAAGACGAUGAAGGAUGGAUGUCACAUGUUCUCCAAUUUGAAGACAAAACCAGAAAAGUGAAAGAUGCAAGCAUGCAAGACUCAGACACAUUUGAAAUCUAUGAUCCUCGGAAUCCGGUGAACAAAAGAAGAAGGGAGGAAAGCAAAAAGCUGUUGAGGGAGAAAAAAGAAAGAAGGUGAGAGGAGAGUGGUGAAGCCAGAGCUGGAAGCUUGCCUGCAGUGAA